AUGAUGAAUUCUGUUUUGACACCAGGCUCUACCAGCAAUGAAUCGGAUGAUAAAUGUGAGGUGAACAGAGAGAGGGGCUCUAUUUGGGCUGAUGUGGGGACAUCUACAGACCACCUCUCCGGUCCAGCGGGUCUCUCUGACGCCCAGCUGAACGUCCUGUGCACGGAGGUCUGGCCUGUCAUGGCCCUCAUCGGAGGGGUGGACAGCGGUCUCCGCGCCGGAGGGAUUUGUCGGCACAAACCCAGCGGGCGACGGGCAACUCUUCUCGGGGUAUUGAAAGAGGGAAGCCCACUGGCUAAACUACAGUGGGAAGAGACGGAUUUUACCGUGAGCUUCCUGAAUUCUUGGUCACCUAGCGACACUCCUCUCUCCUCGCUGGAACCGUGCGACGUCCCCCAGUUGGACAUGUCCCGCUGCUGCGGCCUCAAACCGUCCGUGCUCUUUGACCUCAUCCUGAUGACCGGCAUCUUAGAAGAGCAAGAGCCGCCACCCGGAAUGUCCGGGACGUCCGGAUUGCCCCGGAAUAGAAUCAGCUCAGAGGGCGGACCGCGCAGCGAGCUGGAGAGACGGCUGGACGAGGACAUUGCUCGCAUCAUGAUGGACGAAGAUGGAAUGGCCUGCUCUGUGGACGGGGAGAGGAAAGAGGACACCCCAGAUGAUGCGUUCAGAUCUCUGAAGCAAUCGAAUGAAGAGUGCGGUGGCGCCCCCUGUCCACCGAUACUUGCACUUCAACCCCGUGCAGACUUCUUUGCUCUGGAACUACGUGCCAUACGCAUUUCCUACCUCCUGCUGGGGGCGCUGAAGUCUCUGGCUGUCAUUCUGAGCUGCGGGAAAUUCUCCGACCUUCUCCUGGUUCCCAAAUCGGAAGCGGGGGCCAACAUAACUAGUCCUGAUCCAGCGAGGACUUCUGCCGACGGGGAGGAAAAUGCAGAGCUGCGCUCCGUGCUGCAGUUUGUGGUACGGAGCAUGGUGAAGUGGGCGGUCAGACCCUGUCCGAUCAAACAGGCCGUGGCUUUGUCAGAUCUGGAAAGGGCUCAGAUCAUCAUCUUUAAAGGAGCGCUGAGCAGACUGCAGGAGGAUGGAAACAAGGAACACAAAGAUUCUGCAGGUAAUUCUUCAUCACAGCCCGUGUCCAAAUCAUCCAGUUCAGUCUCACUGUACAGCAACGGUUCUGAGGGAACCGCCAUAUUCGGCCAAUCAGCUUCCCCCUCCACCAAUGACCUCACAGCCUCCCUUCUUACAGCCCUGCACGCUGACGGCCUGGACAACUUUAACCCUUUCCUGCCCAUCAACCUGCUGCAGCGGAUGGUUCUGGCCCGUUUUCCCACAUUGGCAGGUCUUGUCCACAGUCCGGUUCUGCCCCCCGGGCUCAGCCUGACUAGCUCAGCAUCCUGUGAGGGGUUUACUGAGCAGCAAACCAGCUUCCUCGAGCCCUGCGGCCAGACCAGGACGCCCGUGGAACAGCCCCAAAUGUUUGUCCCUGUUCGGUUACUUGAAAUGGGCUUUUCAAUGAGACACAUCUACAGAGCCAUGGAGGCAGCAGGGGUCACGGGCGAGGUGGACUCUCGCACCAUCGAGGUUCUGGCCAGCUGGAUGCUGGAACACCCUCUAACUGAAGAGCAGCAGGUGGGAGAGGGUUCAUCAGCAGGGGGCGCCACCGAUACGCCCUCAUCUGAAGGUCCUGAGACACUGCAGUGUCCCGAGUCUCCUGCCCCACUGACCCUGCAGGACAGCAGGGAGCCCAAUGAGAGUUUGUUAGCAGGUUUGGACCUGGUGGAGAGAGAGAACUUUUUAGAUGUUCACCUGACCAGAAACAGACCUCCUCCUGCACGCAGACAGAGAUCUGGUGUCAGCCAGAGGACUUCCUUCAGGAGAGCAGAUUCCCCAUCUCCCAGUCCUGUGCCUAUGCUGUACAGACAGGAAGUGGGUGUGUCAGAGUGGCCCGAGCGGGCUGAUACGCAUCCGUUUGCGGCUGAAGAGGAGUCUGAACUGGGCUACAUGGACGACCCGUACCACGAAGAACCGUACGAGGAGCUUCUCACGCCGGAGUUCAUUAGCUCGGAGAGGGACACGCUUUGGAUGGUGGAGGGACGAGAGGAACAUCCAGAAGCUCAUGAGAUGGUGGAGUGUGAACUGUGCAGCACUCUCACUCUUCAGUUCAACAACCACAUGAAGCGACAUCACCCAGGCUGCGGUCAAAGCGCUGGUCGCCGUGGUUACCGCAGCAACGGGGCUUACGUGGACGGCUGGUUUGGAGGUGAAUGCGGAUCGGGCAGCCCUUAUUAUCUCUUGUGCAAUGCAUGCAGGGAAAGAUAUCUGGCUUCCAACCUGGGUAUGAUGAGCUCCAAACAGGACAGGGCGAGGGGUUUGGUGUCUGAUCUUAUUGGUCAGUUGGAUGGUACAUCAGAUGGUAUGUGUGCCAUAUUUCAAAUGCGUAAAUAAAUUGAUGAAUAAAAUAUAAAUGAAAUAGAGUUGUGUUUUUCUAUAAAGUUAUUCAAUCUUUAGGUUAUUUUAAUGUUUCUUUGUUAUUAAAGUGAUUGUUAAUCCAAAAAUGAAAAUUCUGUCAUCAUUUACUCACCAUCUUGCUAUUUUAAACAUAUAUAACGUAUAACUUCCUUCC